AUGAACUUUAUCUUCAAGUCCAAGUCGCGUACGCCACAGGAGCUCGUUCGUCAUCUGCGCGACACCAUCCUCCGUCUUGACUCGGUAUCCCAACUUGGCGGUAGCAACUCGUCCAACUCGCUGCACAACCACUAUUCCAACGGCGCCUCUUGCUCGUCGUCGUCGUCGUCCGCCGCUUCGACCGCCAUUGGCUCGUCGGCUAUCACGUCUUCCAACUCUUCCGCAAGUAGCUCUUCCUCCGAAGCCAAACGAAAAGCCGUCGAUGAUAUCUCCAAGACGCUCUGCCAGAUCAAAGCGAUCCUGUUUGGCGAUGGAGAUGCUGAUCCGCAGCCCGAACUCGUCGCGCAACUGGCACAGGAAGUGUACUCGCACCAUGUUCUUCAACUGCUUGUAGCGCACAUUGCCAAGUUCGAAUUCGAGGCGAAAAAGGACGUCUCGCAGAUCUUCAACGUCUUGCUUCGAAGGCAGAUCGGUAGCCGUUCGCCCACGGUAGAGUACCUCGCCACACGACCCGACGUCAUCUUUCUCGCGUUGCGAGGUUACGAAAACCCUGACGUGGCGCUCAACACGGGCAUGAUCCUACGCGAGAUGUUGCGACACGAAGCACUCGCCAAGAUCCUUCUGUACAGCGAUCGGUUCUACACGUUCCCAGACUACAUUGAAACGACUACGUUUGGGAUCUCGUGCGAUGCGUUUUCGAAUUUCAAAGAAACGCUGACACGCCACAAAUCCAUGGUGGCCUCGUAUCUCGAGUCCAACUACGAUCGCUUCUUUGCUACGUACACAACGCUUCUGCAAUCGCCCAACUAUGUGACUAAGCGCCAAUCGCUCAAGCUGCUAGGUGAGAUUCUACUGGACCGCACCAACUUUAGCGUCAUGACGCGCUACAUUUCGAGCGACGAGAAUCUCAAGAUGAUGAUGAACCUGCUGCGCGAUCGAAGCAAAAACAUCCAGUUCGAGGCGUUCCACGUUUUCAAGGUAUUUGUAGCCAAUCCAAAGAAACCUGCUUCGAUCGAGAACAUCCUCAGGCGCAACAGCGAGCGUCUGGUCAAGUUCCUCUCCGACUUCCACAACGACAAGGACGACGAGCAGUUCGUCGAUGAAAAACAGUACGUCCUGCAGAUCAUCGAUGCAACUGCAAAGUCGCACCCGCCUCCUCCAGGCAGCGCCUCCCACGGCGCCGCCCCCAUCGGCGCAAAAUAA